CAAAAGGCCACCAUGACGAGCGACGACCAGUUCUUCUUUGACUACCUUGCGUCCAUACCGCAUGACGUAAGGCGAUACUCGUUGCAGGUCGCCGACUCCAUCGAUCGCCAGGUCGACUGGGCAGCAGCCACAAUCCGAGAAACCAUUGCACAGCAAUCAUGGCUGCCGUCAUCUGUUCGACCGUCGUUGCGCACCCGGGAUCUGCGCUCGCCACCGCAUGGGUUGACUGAUCGGGCCCAGGAUUGGAUGACUCGGAAUCGUGCGCUGACUGCGGCUAUCGUUGCGUUCGUUGGCACUGGAUGCGUUUUGCUGUAUGGAAACAAAAAGUUGAAUAGCAAGCGAAGGAAGGCUAAAAAGGCGGGUAAUGGGUCACGGAAAGAGAUCGUUGUGGUUGCCGGAUCGCCGCAUGAACCGAUGACACGAGCUAUUGCUGCCGACCUGGAGCGCCGGGGAUACAUUGUAUACGUGACGGUAUCGUCUGCGGAGGAGGAACACAUAGUUCAGUCCGAGCACCGGGCGGAUAUCAAAGCCCUGUGGCUGGAUCUGACAACGACCUCUUCGAAUAAAUCCGAACUUCACCCUUCGCUCCAUGAGCUUCGCGCACUGAUCACACAGCCUCAGUAUCCCCUCCCGGGGAUGCCCCCGCAUACUUGCCAACUCAGCGGUGUCAUCAUCGUCCCGUCGCCAAACUUCGCUGCCGGCCCCGUCGCUACCAUCCCAGCCUCAUCAUGGGCCGACACCGUCAACACCCGUCUUCUCUCCCCCAUUCUCACCGCGCAGGUCUUCCUGCCUCUUUUGACCCUCCGCAGCAACAGCAGCGCUCUCAUCUUCGCUUACCCAUCCAUCUCAUCAUCUCUUUCCGCACCCUUUGCCGGGCCCGAAGUCACAACGACACGGGCGAUUUCAGGUUUCGCGACCUCCCUCCGCCAGGAACUCCGUCUUCUCGAGAACGGGAAUGUCGAUGUCGUCGAGCUCCGGCUUGGAAAUAUUGAUCUGGGCCCGUCUUACCGAAAUGCGCAGAACCAUAUUGCCGGAACGGAAGUUCUCGCGUGGAGUGUGCAGCAGCGGGCUUUGUACGGCUCUCAGUAUUUGAAUAGCGUUGAGCAGCGACCAGUUGCUUCCGCGGGACCUGCUGCGAUUCGUGGAUCACCUGCGCGAGUUCUUCAUCACGCCGUGCUGGAUGCCUUGCAACCGGUGUCCCGCAAUGUCUUCGGACUUCGUGCGCAUAAAAAGCCUAUCAUGUAUGUAGGCCGAGGUGCGCGGUCGUACAGCCUGAUCGGUGACUGGAUGCCCAGCGGGUUGGUGGGAUUGAUGAUGGGCUACCGCAGCGGACAGACCGUGGGAGCAGGCAGCCCCAGCAGCGGCAGUGAGAAUAGCUGGGAGCGGGUUUAAUUGCCUAGCUCCCAUCUGUCUGAUUUGCCAAGUCGACUAUUUCUUCGUCUGUCUGUUCAGACAGCAAAAGUGACUCACUCCCCUUACCCUAAUACCUGGAAAGCAUGGCCGAGCUACGCUACUCUGUACAUACCACCGACAUAACUCUUCUCUCUUAAUAGCGCCAAUUGAAUUGGUUCUUCCUAUUAACAUUAGUCCAUAUACAGAUUAGAACAUCGACGAUUAUAUCGGCGUCAAUGGUAAGCUAUGUAAUAAUCACCAUCCUCAUCUCAAAUCAUGACCCCGUCGCCUGCUCUCCCAAAUUAGACCGGCGUGGGCUUCACCUCCAUCGACGAGUCACGCAUCUCCGUCGCGACAUCACCGAGUGCAUCUUGACCGCGCAACGGAUCCCGCGCAGCCCGCUUAAUCCUCCCAGCGGCCAGAUAGACACGUAGACGGAUCAGCGACCAAGAAAUCAAGAAGAUGAUGAUAAUCGCAGCGAGGAUUCCGAAGCAGUAGCCCGCGACGAGACCGCUUUUUUGGCCGUGGGAGCCCGGGUCGAGGAAGGAAUAUGUGUAGAAGCCCUCGGUGUGGACGGUAAUGUAUGCGACACACAGGUAAAGUGCUAGCAGCAGAAUGAGAACGGGGAUAGCCAUCCAGGGGUGUGGCGCCGUGGUUGGGAGGAUAAUUUCCAGCAGAGCGUACAGCGAGUUGAGG